AUUUUGUUUUCUUUCUGCAGCCGACGAUUUGCACUUGUUGAAAAACGACUCCGAACACAUCAACAUACCGAGAGUUCGACCACCUGAAAUGACAUCGGGCGCCACAAUAGCUAACGAUUUACCCGUCUUGAAAGACGACGCCAAACUGAUAAACUUCACGAUUUCUCAACCGCCUGUACGGACAACGGUCGGAGUCCCUUCCGACACUAAAGCUGACGAUUUACCCUUCUUGAAAAAUUAUACCGAACCGACCAACUUCACGAUUUCUCAGCCGCCUGAACAAACAACGGUCAGAGUGCAUUCCAACACUACAGCCAACGAUAUAGAGAUCUUGAAAAAUAACACCAAACCGUUCAACUUCACGAUUUCUCAACCGCCAGAACAGACAACGGUCAGAGACCAUUCCAACGUUACAGGUAGAGAGAUAAAUAUUUCUAAGAUAUCAAAUCUCUUAAGGAAUGUAUCCUGCUUUUAUAAACUGACUGCAAAACCACUGUGUCUCUUUCUGAAUAUUUGUACAAGAGUAU